CGGGACAAGAAAUUACUGAAUCCGUCACUACGUGGUGCUUUUUAAGGGAAUAUUAAAACCGUUGCUUUUUCUUCUUUUAAAUGGACACAUACAUUUUUGCACCCCUCUUACAUUUAAUUCAUUUUUUUAAAAAGCAUAUUGAGGUAAAUUUUAGUAUACCGAAUUCCCCUUUCUCUGUAAAUUAUCAUCAGCUUCUGAAAUAAGCUUCGGUGACAUGUGAUAACCAGCUGUCAUCAUUCUAUUCUAAAUAUUAGGUAGUCUCAAUUUAAAAAAAAAUUUUGACCCCAGAAGUCAUUAGAUUAAAAAAAAAAUAGUCCCAAAUUGUUUUCCCUUUUGAAUAUAUUGUGUCUAGUUCAGAUUAUAAAGACUGCAUUCUUUCUACCCUUUGUCAUAUGUUGGAACAUUGUGUAGUACUUAGUAAAUAAUUUUAGACUGUUUCAAUAUAUACUUGGUAAGGGUGUAUAGCAUCUUAAUGGUUAGAACUUAGUUUAGUGAGUUAGUCUAAUAUUCAGCAGCCUCUUUUGUCCCCUUUGUGUGAUUUAUUGAAUUAGUGAGCUGUGAGAUACAAAGUAGAUGUUCCGCUCAAGUCCCUUUUGUCCAUUCUGUGAAAAUAAUGAGGGAUGGGCUGGAUCGACUUGCAACUUUGUUCUAACAGCCCAUCUGUUCAUGGUAAAGAAAUUUGCACUGAUCCUAUUUCCAUAGCUAACCCUCUUUAAAAGUUUCAGCACCAAAAUCUGUGUUCAUCAUUUUAUACUUCUUCAGUGUUUCACUGUGAUUUUCUGCAAAAGAGGGAGUAAAUGCUUGGGAUCAAUGUGAUUAAAACCACAAAAGAGGUGUCUUUUGCUCAGGUGUAUUAAACAUGAUCCUGGAAUUUUUCAAAGGGGAAUGAGAUGAUAAGGACAAACUGCUCACUGUCUCUUCUAGGCCACCCUUUCAAAAUUCAGUGGCAUGCAGUUCUCACUCAGCUCAGAUGUUCUCAAGGUAACUUCCCUUCUGGGCCUCUGUGAACCUACCUACAACACAGCUGAUGAACAAGAUCAGGAUUGCUGAAUGACAGCGAUCCCUAAAAUGAUUGACAAUAUUGUAUGGAUAUCUAUGUGGCAUUUUUCUGCAAGAGGGUAACCAUUGUAAUUAUAAGCUUAAAAGAGUGCCAGGCCAACAACGAUGAUGCAAAAACUACUAGGAAAGAUACAGGGCUCAGAGACUGAGUUGUCUCAGAGUUCUGUCUCUGCAUCGGAAGUAAAUCUGAAGUUAGACCAUUUCAGUACCUGGCAUUAACCCCUCUGCUGGCUUCCCAUUGCCUUUGGGACAAAAUCCAGGCUCCUGGAUGUGACACCAGAGAGCACAGGCAACAAAGGAAAAAAUAGUUAAAUGGGCCUCAUCAAAAUAAAAAAACUUUGUGCAUCAAAGAACACUAUCAACAGAGUGAAAAGGCGACCCACAGAAUAAGAGGAAAAUUUUGCAAAUCAUAUAUCUGAUAAAGAAUUAUUAUCUAGAAUAUAUAAAGAACUACCACUGAAAAACAAAGUUGAAAAAGAGGCAAAACACUUGAAUAGACAUUUCUCCAAAGAAGAUAUACAGAUGGCCAAUAAGCUCAUGAAAAGAUGCCCAAUAUCACCAAUCGUAGGGGAAAUGCAAGUCAAAACCACAGUGAGAUACUACUUCACACCCAUUGGGAUGGCUGUUAUCAAAAGAAACUGAAAAUAACAAGUGUUGGAGAGAAUGUGGAGAAUUGAAACCUUUGUGCAUUGUUUACAAGGAUAAAAUGAUAUAGAAGCUGUGGAAAACAGUGGUAAUUUCCUCAAAAAAUUAAACAUAGAAUUACCGUGUGAUCCAGCAAUUGCACUUCUGGACAUAUACCUGCAUCACAGGGACGCCACCAAAAAGAUUGCUAUGGCAGAAAGAAACCUCACCCUUUUUUAUAGCCAAGCAGACACAACCCCUUAGGUACAUGUUCUCAAGACAAACAGUGAUUAGUCCUCAAGCGAGAGGACAUCAUGGCACCAUUUGUCAAACACAGUUCAUCAGCUUUUGCUUCCAGCUGUUGCUGGAACCCCAUCCAAUCAAGCUUUCCCAUCUACCAUCCACUUUCCUUGUCAGAGGCUGUAAUGUCCUCCCUGUUUCUAAACCCACUGGUUAAUUCACAGUCUUUGUCUUGUCCUGUCAGCAACUGUUGAUCACUCCCUCUUCCGUUAAACACUUUUUUCUUUGUUUUCUCAUGGCUUGCAGGACAUCCCAGUAUUUAAAGAUAAACUUAAACUAUCAUUUUAAGUCUGGCCAUCUGUUUCAAUUUUCUUUUCUCCUUGUUCACUUUUCAUUUUCUUCUCCUGGUUUUGCCUCAACCCCUGGUCGCUGAUGGGGGCAGGGCCCCAAGCUCCAUCUGGGACCUUUUCUCUGGCCGCACUCAGUGACUUUCCAUAUCGUCCUAUCUUAUGGCUUUAGACACCCUGACAUCUCCCAGUUCCACAUCUCCUUCUCAGACCUCAGCCCUGAACUCCAGACUCCUGUUGUCCAGCUGUACCCUUCACAUCCCUGCUGGCGUGUCUCACAGGCAUCUUCUUGCCACACUGUGCAGACAUUAGCUCCUGGACCCUACAGCCCUGCACAUUUCCGUUAAGAGCUGUGGCAUACCUCCUGGGGCCAGUGUGACCAUCUUGGCUGCUUUUCAAAUAUACAGGAUAUAACAUUAUUCAUAUGUGUUUUAACUUGAGAUACAAAAGAAUUGGAUGUUAAGGUGGAUGAGACAAUACAUAGUUUCCAAAAUUCACUUGGGAUGGGGUAGAAAAAUGUCUGAAGACCACGGGCCUUGCUGAUCUGCUUCCUGCAGUACUCGUGUGACAUCGUCUCCUGCUUGUUUUCUCCCUUCUCACUGAGAUUGAGCCACACAGAUGUCUCUGCUUUUCCCGGAGUCAGGGUCACCGCUGCCUCAGGGAUUCCUAGAACUCUUUGACCCCUCAAAUGCACAUGGUGAACCUCCUCCUCCAGAUCUUUGUUCUGAUAACACACCUGCCCCCAUUCUCAGUGGGGCCUUUUCUGAGUCUCUCAUUUAACUUUGCAGCCACACUCCUCCCCCCGCCCUAGCCUGUAAUGCCUGCUCUGUGUGUUUCUCUCUGCUCUUUCCCCUUCCACUAUCCAGAUACAGGGGGCAGGGCCCGAGGAGAGAGCAGGGCCACAGAGUGGGGGGUGUGCUGGAGUUGACCCCUCUGAAUGAUGCUCAACCCUGACUUUCCAUUAGAUUGCUGAGCCAUUUUCAGAUACCUCUUUUGUGCCCAGUUCCCGUAGAGUUUUCUUCUAGGUCACGGCUGACUAAGUAGCCUCAGGUGAUCGAAUCUGUAUCCAGCCCUGAGCACUAGGGCUCUGGCUCAUCUGUUUCUGAGGACUGAGACCGGCCCUUAAACUAGAGGGGUGGAGGAGGUGCUGUCCUCUGCAUGGCCUUCGGUGAGGACUGGGUCUCUGACCUGAAGGGGAGGGUCAGUCCUUCCUAGGUCCCCACUGCUGCAGCUUGUGUGUGGCUUAACCAGGAGGGGAGUGAGUUCUGAAGAAAGGGGUCAAAAACCUUACAGCAGAGGACCGUCUGUUCCACAUGCUGAGGUCCUCCCUGUGUGUGGUUGUGGUACAGGAAGGGGGUGUGUCGAUUCCAAGCAUUAAACAGCAUCUUUUGACACUCAGGAUUGACAUCUCAGGACUCACCUUGCCUGAGAAAGAAGCCCUGAAGAGGAAGAAGAGGAAAGGACAAGGAGUCAGGAAUGACUCUUUCUCAGAUAUGUCUACUAGAUGUGUGAUCAAAGAAUUAUCACCAAAAGAGGACAUUAAUAAUGGAGACUUAUUUCAGACAUUGGCUUUUGAAAGACUUGUAAGUCAUGAUUUUGAUGAUUUUGAUUUCAGUGAAGUCCAGCAAAAUAUGCACAAGUUUGUGAAUCAGUGGGAGUAUGAAGAAAAAAGUUACAAAGGAGUGACUACAACCCCUUGCAAAAAUCUCACUGGUAGUAGAGAUCAACAACAUCAUAAAUCCUGGAAUAAUUUUCCUUUAAAGCAGAAUGUUUCUGUAAGAAGUAUGUCUCAAUAUUACAAGUAUUACAAGUCAUAUAUGAGGAAUAAGGAACUAAAAAGUAAGGUAGGCUAUUCAGGAAACAAGUGUUUGAGAUGUUUGGAAACUAGGCUUGGAUUAAGCCUUCAUUCACAUUUGGCUGAACUGCAGAUUUUUCAAACUGAGGAGAAGAUUUACGAAUGUAAUCACGUCGAGAAGUCUAUCAAAAACUGUUCCUCAGUUUCAACACUUCAAAUAAUUCCUGCUAGUGUCAAAACCAACAUUUGUAAUAAAAAUGGGAAGGUUUUAACGCAUCCUUCAUUGCUUACACAACACCAGAAAACACAUAUUAGAGAAAAGCCCUACAAAUGUAAUGACUGUGGGAAGGCUUUUAGCCAUUGCUCAGUCUUAGCUAAUCAUCAAAGAAUUCAUUCUGAACAGAGACCGUACAAAUGUAGUGAGUGUGGCAAAACCUUUAACAGACUCUCAAACCUCACAAGGCAUCAGAGAAUUCAUACCGGGGAGAAACCAUAUAAAUGUAACGUAUGUGGUAAGGACUUUAUGAUACGUUCACACCUUUGGGGUCACGAGCGAAUUCAUACUGGAGAGAAACCUUACAGAUGUAAUGAGUGUGGCAAAGCGUUUUCUGAGCAUUCAAAUCUUGCUCAACAUAAGAGAAUCCAUACUGGAGAGAAACCUUAUAAAUGUCAUGAGUGUGGUAAGGAUUUCACCACACGUUCACACCUUUGGGGCCAUGAGAGAAUCCAUACUGGAGAGAAACCUUACAAAUGUCAUGAGUGUGGCAAAGCCUUCACUGGGAGCUCAAACCUUACUCAACAUAAGAAAGUUCAUACUGGAGAGAAACCAUAUAAAUGUCAUGUAUGUGGCAAGGCCUUCAGUCAGAAUUCAAGCCUUACAGUUCAUCAGAGAAUUCAUACUGGGGAGAAACCUUACAAGUGUCACGAGUGUGGCAAAGCCUUUAAGCAGUACUCAAGUCUCAACAGACACCAGAAUAUACAUGGAGUGAAGAUACAGAUGUAAAGUGUGUGGUGAAGGUUAGGGUCCACAGAUUUGACGGUCAGGUUGCCUGUAGCCAACUCCUUCGUCUUCAUCUUUACAGGAAUCUCCAGGACAGUGAUGGCUUUUGGGCAGAAACAUUUUCUCAGUGAUUUUGGUUACAAAUUUGUUUACUGUGUCCACAGAGUGAUACUGUACUAUAUUUGUGUAAGAUGUAACUAUCAGAGGAAACUAGGUGAUGCCUCUACUAUCUUUGUACCUUCCUGUACAUCUGUGAUUAUUUCAAAAUAAAAAGUUAAAGGGAA